AGCUGCUAGUGUAAAGGAGCACUUGGUGCCUUUACAGUCCAUUAAUGCAGAAGUGCUUUAUCCAAGGAAAUCACCAAGGGCAGGUAGCAAGUCUGCUUUGAAGAAAAUUGAGACAACCAUCAAGAGAAACUCAAAUGAUUCAUUAAAGAGUCCUUUGGGGAACAAGGAGUUAAUCACAAUGUCCUCUCCUGGUUCAGAGCUUGAUUUCUCUAAGCACAUUGUUCCAAAAGAAGAACACAGUUUACUGUCAGUAGCUCCAGCAGUGGGUUCACCUCUGCUACCUGAUUAUUCGACUGUUUGUGUAGAUGCCAUCAAACAAACACCUCCAAUGUCCAUGGCAACAGACAAGAGGCACCCAAGUUUACUCAGAAGAAGCUUCAGCUUCAGACACUGGAAUGGGGAGCUAGUGAGGUUUAAAGCGUUAUCAAAGGAGAAACAUCAUGGCAGCUCUAGUUGUCUCUCUGGUGGCGAGGUUGAAAGUGAAUUCAGAACCCAAAAGCUUGAGCCUUAUUGUGGGGAAUCUGUAGCAAAUGAGAAACGAAACACCUUGGAUGUUGGGGAAGUCCUGAACAAAACUGAUCCACUCUCUGAGCCUGGGCGGUGGGAGCGGGGAAAACGAAAGAAUAGGACUUUAGACAACAGUGACAUUCACAAGCUUUCUGAAAACUUGGAGAUGGGGAAGGAUAGCUUUUUAACAGGUGCUGUGAGAUCCAGUUCCCAGGAGCACAAACUCUUCAGGUUUUUUAGUGGUAUUUUCUCAAAGCGUGAUGGUACUUCAACACCUGUUAUGAGUCCUUAUGGAAAAUCACAUAGGGAUUAUGUUGCCAAAUCGAAAGGAUAUGCUCGCGGCCAGAAGAAAGGUAUCUCGCCUCUUGAGCAGUCCAGCAGUGAGAGCAUUGAUGAAAAUACUUACCAAAAUGAUGCAUUUGUGAACAGCCAAGAGUGGACUCUUAGUCGAUCUGUGCCAGAACUUAAAGUGGGAAUUGUCGGUAAUUUAGCCAGUGGCAAAUCUGCCUUGGUCCAUCGAUAUCUGACAGGAACGUACGUCCAGGAAGAAUCACCUGAGGGUGGACGCUUUAAGAAGGAGAUCGUGGUGGACGGCCAGAGUUAUCUAUUGCUGAUCAGAGAUGAAGGGGGGCCUCCAGAGGCACAGUUUGCAAUGUGGGUGGAUGCUGUCAUCUUUGUCUUCAGUCUGGAGGAUGAGAACAGCUUCAAUGCAGUUUACUAUUACUACACCAGGAUGGCUAACUAUCGGAGCACCACAGAAAUGCCAAUGGUACUGGUUGGGACGCAAGAUGCCAUUAGUGCCGCGAAUCCACGUGUGAUCGAUGACUCAAGGGCCCGGAAACUUUCCAACGAUCUGAAGCGAUGCACCUACUAUGAAACGUGUGCCACCUAUGGCCUGAAUGUGGAGAGGGUGUUUCAAGAUGUUGCCCAAAAGAUCGUGGCCACCCGAAAGAAGCAGCAGCUCUCCAUUGGACCAUGCAAGUCGCUGCCCAAUUCUCCAAGUCACUCGUCGGUGUGCUCUGCUCAAGUCUCUGCUGUCCACAUCAGCCAGACAAGCAAUGGUGGAGGAAGUUUGAGUGAUUAUUCCUCUUCUGUCCCUUCCACACCAAGUACAAGUCAAAAGGAGCUGCGAAUUGACAUUCCUCAAACUGCCAACACUCCAACUCCUGUUCGCAAACAGUCAAAACGGCGUUCUAACAUAUUUGCUUCUCGAAAAGGAAGUGAGCUAGACAAGGAGAAGAAAAAUCUUGACACCAGAGCAGACAGUAUUGGGAGUGGCCGAGCAAUCCCAAUUAAGCAGGGUAUGUUACUCAAGAGAAGUGGGAAGUCACUGAACAAAGAGUGGAAGAAGAAGUAUGUAACGCUGUGUGAUAAUGGAAUCUUGACGUAUCAUCCAAGUUUGCACGAUUACAUGCAGAAUGUCCAUGGAAAAGAGAUUGAUCUCCUUCGAACUACAGUCAAGGUUCCUGGAAAGCGGCCCCCUCGUGCCACCUCGGCCUGUGCACCUCUCUCUAGUCCUAAAACAAAUGGUCUGCCCAAAGACCUAAGCAAUUUGCACAUUACGCAGAACCCAGGUAAUGUGACUCCUACAGGCUCAGCUACACAGAUGGCGAGUGGCAUCAGCCUGGUCUCCUUCAACAGCCGUCCUGAGGGCAUGCACCAACGCUCAUAUUCCGUGUCCAGUGCUGACCAGUGGAGUGAAGCCACGGUCAUCGCCAACUCUGGCAUCAGUAGUGAUACUGGCUUGGGAGACUCUGUCUGUUCAAGUCCCAGCAUAUCAAGCACCACCAGUCCCAAGAUAGAGCCUCCACCUUCACCCCACGCCAACCGUAAAAAGCAUCGCAGGAAGAAGAGCACCAGUAAUUUCAAAGCAGAUGGCAUCUCCGGCACAGCUGAAGAGCAAGAAGAGAAUUUUGAGUUUAUCAUCGUGUCUCUGACAGGCCAGACCUGGCAUUUUGAAGCUGCCUCUUAUGAGGAAAGGGACGCGUGGGUCCAAGCAAUUGAAAGUCAGAUUCUGGCUAGUUUGCAAUCUUGCGAGAGCAGCAAGAACAAGUCACGACUGGCGAGCCAGAAUGAAGCUAUCGCUCUUCAGUCAAUCAGAAACAUUCGUGGCAACUCUCAUUGUGUGGACUGUGAGGCAUUAAAUCCAGACUGGGCCAGUUUGAACCUAGGAGCUCUCAUGUGCAUUGAAUGCUCAGGUAUCCACCGCAACCUUGGCACCCACCUGUCACGGGUCCGCUCCCUCGAUCUUGACGAUUGGCCCCUGGAGCUUAUCCGAGUAAUGUCAUCCAUUGGGAACGAAGUAGCUAACAGCAUUUGGGAAGGAAGUGCCCAGGGACGCACCAAACCCUCACCCGAUUCCACAAGGGAAGAGAAGGAACGUUGGAUCCGUGCUAAGUAUGAACAGAAACUGUUCCUGGUUCCACCACCAUGUUCAGACAUUCCCCUGGGACAACAGCUGCUACGUGCUACAGCCGAGGAGAACUUACGAGCCGUCAUUCUACUCCUAGCCCAUGGCUCCAAGGACGAAGUAAAUGAGACUUACGGAGAGGGGGAUGGGCGCACAUCCCUUCACUUAGCCUGUAGGAAAGGGAACGUCGUCCUCACCCAGCUUUUGAUCUGGUAUGGAGUUGACAUAAUGGCACGUGAUGCCCAUGGAAACACUGCACUGGCCUAUGCCAGACAAGCGAUGAGUCAAGAGUGCAGCGACAUCUUGCUACAGUAUGGGUGUCCUGAGGAACACUUCAUCCUGGUGGCAACACCCAACCUGUCCCGCAAGAGCAGCAACCGCAACAACAACAACAACGGAAGGAUGGAUACGAAACUGCCCACUGUUAUUUGAAGAAGAGGGCAUCGGACUCUUGUGUUUAGAGAGCAGCACUGAACCUCUCCCUUUACAGCCUCGUAUCUGUGAAACCUCAUUCCACUCCUGAUUAUGUUCUCCAAGCAGCGUAACUCCACGUAAAACCGCAGAAACGAGGUAAAGAAGAUGACCAGUCGCAGAGCAGCUCAUAAUACAAAUGAGACAAGGCUCCAUGCCGUCAAAAGAGAGAUAAAGAUUUGGAAGGAUCAGGAAUUGUCUAUGUGCAGAAGGACUAGUGGUAAGGGCGAGAACUCUGUGCUUUUGCAACACUGGACCAACAGGACAGAUUUGUGAAUGCAAACAAGGGAAAAUGGAACUUUCAGGCAUUGACAAUUAGCUGUCAGUACAUUUCACCUCUACCAAACAGGUUGAUUCAGCUCUUCUGCGGAGGGCCGUUGCUGACAUAAAUCAGCUGAGAGCACAGAGUUUGUCAGAUUUGAAGCUCCUAUGAUGGUAUGUGUCAAAUCAGUUGUGGCUAAUCUGUCCAGGGAGAAUACUGGCUUCAUUACACUUGUAUAGUUCAGUUCUUCCACCAUUACCACUGUUUAAUAGAACAUGAUUAGUCAUAAUAGAGAAAAGCAUAUUAGCUGAGGAGGUAGUUACAUGGCACGGUUCAAUGACUGCUUGGAUGUGAUUGUAAUAUUCUCACAAGAAGCACAGUAUCUCAGUCACGUUCUUUCCAGUCCUUUGAGCCCUUCUUCCUAAAUUCACUGUCAUAAUUUAGUGUCUAUUUAAUUUUUGGUCCUCAUCCUAUUCAAAAGAAAGAAACAGGGUCCUUUCCUCACCCAGCUCUUUCACCCCCCGUCCCCCCUUUAAAUGCCGUGACCCCUCACUACUCUGCCCAGAUGUAAUCUCUGUAGUAAAUGCAGAAACUGCUGGUUGGUGAAAGUCAGGUGCUGUGCUGGAAAGAGAUUUGAGUGCCGUGUAGGAUUAAAAGGCUAUAAGCAUUAAUUAAUGCAUUCGAGCAAGGAGAGAAAAGGAAUCGCUUAGUCUUUGCCUCCUUUCUUAGUCACUAGCACACUUCUCCUGUAACCUGUGUUAUCACUGGCAGUAGCAUCCGCAAUGUAUAGGAUGGUUCUCUUGUCUAAGGGAGUACUUCCUGAAAGAAUUUUCUGUCCUGUUUGUAAGUAUGAUGUAAACUCUGAUGCUAUAAUAUUUAUAUGUUGUACAUAAUUUUGUUCAUUCCAAUGGGAGUUUUGACUUUUAUUUUGCAGGGAGGGGAAAAGGGGUGAUUUAAACACCCUUUUGGCAGUUCUUUACUCUGGAAAAUGGCUGACCUAGUCCUUGAGUUGUUGGCUGUAUGUCAUUUGCGCUGUUUAUUUUGGGAGGGAGUGAUGCUGUAGGGAUGAGGUAGAAACUCAGUAAUUUGAAUAAUAUUGGCCAGUAAUGCACAGUUUAAACUCCAUUCCACACUCCAGCAUUAAGUCCAAAUAGAAUGCAUUUUACUAGCUUUCCUUGCGCAUUCUGUGUGACAGAUCCCUGGUGAAAACAUACUUAAUCAGAAAAAUUUGGCUCCCUCCAACAGACUUAAGCUUCCUUCAAAAUGAUCAUCAACAUCAGCACACUACAGAAAUCGAUUUUACAUUCCCCACCAUUUAAAUGAUGAAUACUUAGAUUUGGCAAUUUUCAGUGAUUCCACUGAUAAACUUGAGGGUCAAGUUGCUCUGGCCUUCAAACUUUUAAUUUACCAAACCAAGUCUGAGUAUCAUGAAGCACAAUAUUGAUUCAUGCCGAUUGUGCGUGGCCCAAUUACAAAUCUAUUUCUUGGCAAAAUAAGGUAAUGAAGGAUGUGCCAUGUAGCAUUCCCUUCCAAUUGACGAAGAGGUGCGGGCACCAUCAGUACAAUCAGAAAAAAUCGGAUCAUAUCAUGUAGAUUUUUCCAAUCUCUUCCGUGGUAGAUUGGCAAGUUUUGUGGAGACCAGGACAGGUUAGUUUCCCUCACAGCUGAGUAAAAUCAUGGUACAGACUAUUGAUCAUGGAUUUUAGAAAGUAGGGAAAGGAACUAAAGAUCUCUGGCAGUGAUCCAUUCACCACCAAGCCACUAGUUUGAAUCCUGGCAUAACACAUGUUGCUGAAACACAGCUUGGCAAGUUAGACUGAAGUGUGCAAUGUUUUAUCUGGCAGACUGACUCAUUAAAAUAUCCUACUAAAAUCCCUGCUAGACUUCCACAGGCCCGGGAACCUUUGUGUCUCAGCUGAUUUCCCUCUCGUCUGACAAACAAACACACACAAUUCUGUUUGGAAAAGUGACAGGAUUCACACACCACCCAAAAUGUGUUAACAGAGAUCCUUCACUUUCAGCAGUGCAGUGCAUCUGUGUAUUUAGUAUCCAGUUUGCCAUUGUGCCAAGGUGAUGCUGUUGUGUUAAAACUAACAGCUUUACUCACCUUCGCAGCAUCUAAAUAAAACAUACAAAGGAAUUUGCUUUCAUUCAUUUUUUAAAUGCUAAUAUUGUAGAAUAUGUAUCAAAGAUCAGAAAGCACCUUCACAUUCCAUGUCACAGAUCUAACAAACCUUUAGGUUCAAUGUCGUAAGUAGAAAGCAUCUUGCUUCUUCCAAAUCACUGCUCAUACUCAUCCAAGACCUGAAUCAUUUCUCUCUCAUCCCUGUAUAUCUGAGUCAUUACUGUAACAGUCCCCCAAAUCCCAGCUCCUUGCUCCAGUAUUCCACUAAUCCCAAAUCGUUACUCAAUAAUAUUCCUCCACAUCCCAAACCAUUGCUCUGACGCUCCUCCAAGUUCUGCAUUAUUGCUGCCAAACCACGCUUAGGUCGCUGCUUCAAUCUGUUCAGAUCUUAAAUCAUAAAUCUAACACAACUUCAUAAGACACACUAUCAAUCCAACAUCCUUUGGGUCCUCCAUCUCAAAAUGACAACAGUGUAUGGAACUAAGGUGGUGAAAAGAACUUUGGCAAUGAUUCACUGCCAUGUAUAUACACAGUAAAUAUUUCUCAGUGACAAUUGGUAAUCUGGUCAGUUUAAUAGUUUGUUGUCAUCUAAAUGCCCUAUUUGGAUUGCUGUUUUGGAAUUAUGAGGUGUAUAUUCUCCACAUUCCUGCUUUGUAAUUCCUGUGUUUCUGGUUUGUUUAGGGAAAGCAUCCCUAAAGAGUGCCAAGCCUAAAUAUAAACGUAUUCCUAAUCGUGCUUUAUAAACUGUGCCAGUCAUUACUGUACCUGGAAUCAGUUUAUCUGCUGUUACACUAAUCUGGAAUGUAUCUGUAAAGAGCUGUUAACUGGCAGUCAUAUCUCAGUGUAAAUAGAUAUAAUAUGGACAAUAUCAGAAUGAAUGGUUUAAGUUUUAAUAUUACCUCAUUUGGCAGUUCAUGUUUUGCAAUGACUAGAUGCUUUAUUUAUAUGUUUGUAAUAAUAAUGAAAGCUGUGUGAUGUUGCCUGCAUUUUGCCAGUGGAGUUUGUUAGGCUGAGUUAUGAUUGACCAUACCAGUAUGUAUUAUGAUUUUGUGGGUCAACUGUACAGUACUCUGUUAAAGACUGUAAAGUAAUGCAAGGAGACUAAACUCUGUAAUUGUAAAAUGUCUCUUUUCAAUAAAAAAAACUUCUUAAUA